UGAGCCAGUGGUCUGAAAGCAACGACAUCGCCCACAACGACACCCCGAAAACAACGUCCAUUCCAUUUGAUUCCAUCGAUGAUGCAAAGCCAGACAUCAGAUACCUUAAACUGGGGCAUAGCGGCAGCGGGCAGAAUAACUCAAGAUUUUGUCACUGCCCUGGCCACAAUCGAGAAUUCGCAUCACACUGUGCUGGCUGUGGCAGAUGUAGAUGGUGCCAGAGCUCAGGAGUUUGCUCAAAGGAAUCAAAUACCCAGACAUUAUGAUGGUUUUGAUAUGUUGGCUCUCGAUCGGGAUGUAAAUGUGGUAUAUGUAGGCACAUUGAAUCCCUUUCAUUAUGCCGUGGUGCACUUACUCUUGUCCAGGGGCAAGCAUGUCUUAUGUGAGACGCCAAUCUGUUUGAGAUACGACCAAGCUAUGGAGCUAUAUAGUUUGGCCGAGCAGCGUGGAGUCUUCCUAAUGGAGGGCAUGUGGUCCCGCUGUUUUCCCAGCUAUGAUCGUCUACAUGAACUUCUAUUAAGUGAUGCCAUUGGCGAGGUAAAUCUAGUCAAAAUUCAACAUGGUUUUCGCCUAACCAAUGUGGAGAGAGUUUGUACCCGUGCUCUAGGUGGUUCGGUUAUACUCGAUAUGGGAAUCUAUGCCCUACAAUUGGGGCAAUUUGUCUUUGGAACGCCACCAUUGAAAAUUAUUCCAAGUGGCACACAAUUAAACGGAGAUCGUGUCGAUAUGCAAACGGAAUUCAUUUUGGAUUAUGGUGACAAUCGUCGUCUGGUGGCCUUAAUCACUGGACUAGAGCAUCUGGAGAAUGAUGCCGUCAUUGUUGGCACCAAAGGCGAGAUUAAGCUCUCGAAUUAUUGGUGCUGCACUCAAUUGAUACGUUCCAAUGGUUCCUCGCCAGAAACUUGGCCACUGCCCAAGGCGAAAUUUGAUUUCCAUUAUACCAACUCGUGUGGUCUCCGCUAUGAGGCCGAAGAAGUACGAAAAUGCAUAGAGAAACGUUUGAUAGAGACUCCAAAGUUCACACAUGCCGCCAGUUUGGAAUUAAUCGCCAUAAGUGAGAAGUUACGACGACAUAUUGGAGUUACUUUUGAUAUUUAAAUAAUUCAGUUCAAAUAAUCAGUUAAAAUAAACGAAUCGAAUUUGUGAUAAAAAUAUCUUUAAA